UCUAAAAAUGGAGGAAUCUAUCGACACUAUAAUCAAUAAAGUACGGGAGACCGAACAGUUAAUGGAGAAAAAAAGACAACAUUUAUUAUCAAUUGAGAAAGAAACAAGAAAAGUUAAGCAAGACACAGAACUACUUUCGAUGAAAAUAAAAGAGCUUAAGAAUUGUCAAAAUGAUCUCCUAAAUGAAAUAAGCCAGAAGAAAUGUGAACUGGAAAUGCUACAACAGAAAGAGUCACUACUGAAGGAAAUGUGUUCUGAGAAAGAAAAAAAUCUCCAAAAGGAAGAAAGUAGUUUGGAUGAAAUGCAGAGAGCAGUAUGGGAACAUCGAGAGAAAUUUUGUGAGAAGGCGAAGGAAUUCAGCAAAAGGAGCUGGCUCUCUGCCUUAUCUAACAUACAUUCUGCGAGUCAGUCAUUAAUUGUUAAAACAUAUUUACAAUCAUUAACUGUUAAUGCUGCAGAAGAAGUCCUUUACUUAUCUCAAGCCCCAAUAUCGAACAGUCCCUGA